AUGUCGGAAAAUCCUACCAGCCCCGCGCCUCCGGCGCCUACUGAUGGUCCCAGUCCGACCAACCCUGCGCCUGAGGAUGGUCCAAUUGUAGCAGCGGACGAUGAUAGAAUUGCGUCUUCCAGCACGAGUCUGGCCAGCUCUAUCCUGCAACAUCGCAUCGAGAAUGGACGUACGUAUCACAAGUGCAAGGACGGCAAAUACCCGUUUCCGAACGACGAGAAGGAGAGCGACAGACUCGAUCUUCAACACAACAUCUACUUGCUCACCCUCAACUACAAGUUGGGCCUGGCUCCUCCCAACGAGAACCUCAAGGCUCAGCGUGUCCUCGACUUAGGAACUGGAACCGGGUUGUGGGCUAUUGAUUUUGGUGAUGAACAUCCCGAAGCUGAGGUGGUUGGAGUUGACCUCACCCCGGUGCCAACUGCAUUCGUCCCGCCGAACGUCAAAUUUGAGGUCGAUGAUUUUGAGGAGCCCUGGACGUACAGUCAACCUUUUGACUACAUCUACAUUCGCGGGCUUUCCGGUAGCGUUGCCGACUGGGGGAAGUUUUUCAAAAAGGCUUACGAUCAUCUGACGCCCGGCGGCUACAUCGAGCUGUUCGAAGGGCACAUGAGACCCGACUGCGAUGACGGAACACUGACAUCGGAGAGCGCUCUCAUGAGGUGGGUAGACAAGGUUGAAGAGGCCUCCAAGAUCUUUGGCCGCCCUUAUAGACGUUCUAGGCCUGUAAAGUAUAAGUGGCCCGUUAGCCCCUGGCCCAAGGAUCCCUAUUAUAAGGAACUUGGUGAGUGGUGUCUCGAGAACUUCAUGGAAGGCCUCGAAGCCUGGAGCUUGGGCGCCUUUACGAGGGCCCUCAACUGGACCAAGGAGGAGGUUCAAGUCCGAAAUGAGUUGAAGGAUAGAAGGAUACACGCCUAUUCGCCCCUCUGGGUGAUUUACGCGAGAAGGCCGAUUGAGAAGGAGGAGUGAAGAAGUCAAGACGCAUCGGUGGCCUAGCUUUCGGGGAAGAGCGUGCUGGAGAAAUUUGGUGGGCCAAAUGAGUUCGUUUCGAGUGAUCAUCAAAUCGCGCCGACAACCUCAUAGGGUUUCUUUUUUUCAUAGGGUGCGUCUUCUGGUGAACCAAGUGGUCACUUGUCUCGAGCAUCUUUCGGCCCUCGUCAAAGUCGGCGCUGGACCGCCUCCAUGCCGUAAAUAAACUCCUUUUCCAUUAAACGAGUCAAGGAAAGAAGCUGCCAUCUUGAUCCUGCGAGCAG